AGGCCGGGAGCAGGUCGGCCUCACCCACAGGGGUUCAUUCGUUCCCGCGCUCAUUCAUUCAUCCCGACCCUGGAGGGACCUUUCUCGUUAGAGAAACAUGGCAGCAAGGCGAAUUGCGCAGGAGACUUUUGAUGCUGUAUUACAAGAAAAAGCUAACCGAUAUCACAUGGACCCCAGUGGUGAAGCUGUAGGUGAAGCUCUGCAAUUUAAAGCUCAAGAUCUUAUAAGGACACUGCCAAGAGUCAGAGCAGAUAUGUAUGAUGACAUUCACAGUGACAGCAGAUAUACUCUGGGCGGAUCCGUAGCUCACUCUCGAGAUGCUGGAAGAGAAGGCCUGAGAGGUGAUGUGUUUCCAGGACCUUCCUUCAGAUCAAACAACCCUUCUGUAAAUGAAGACAAUUACUUUCGCAAAGAAUGUGGCCGGGAUCUAGAAUUUUCCCACCCUGAUUCCCGAGAGCAGGUCUUUGGCCACCGGAAAUUGGGACAUUUCCGUUCUCCGGACUGGAAAUUUACACUCCGUGGCUCUUGGGAACAAGACUUUGGCCACCCAGUUUCUCAAGAAUCAUCCUGGUCACAGGAGUAUAAUUUUGGGCCUUCUUCACUACUAGGGGACUUUGGGUCCUCUAGGCUGAUUGAGAAAGAGUGUUUGGAAAAAGAGAGUCGGGAUUACGACGUGGACCGUCCAGGGGAGGCAGACUCUGUGCUCAGGGGCAGUGGCCAAGUCCAGGGCAGAGGCCGAGGUCUAAACAUUGUUGAUCAGGAGGGUGCCCUCCUAGGAAAGGGGGAGUCUCAGGGCCUGCUUACACCUAAAGGAGGGGUCGGGAAACUUGUCACGCUGAGGAGUAUGAGCACAAAAAAAGUACCCACUAUAAAUCGUAUUACUCCCAAAACUCAGGGCACUAACCAAAUCCAGAAAACCACCCCAAGUUCUGAUGUGACCCUAGGUACAAACCCAGGGACGGAAGAUAUCCAAUUCCCCCCUCAGAAAAUCCCUCUGGGGCUCAAUCUGAAGGACAUUCGUCUCCCAAGAAGAAAGAUGAGUUUUGACCUCAUUGAUAAGUCCGAUGUUUUUUCAAGAUUUGGGAUAGAAAUAAUCAAAUGGGCAGGAUUCCACACCAUAAAAGAUGAUGUUAAAUUUUCCCAGCUUUUCCAGACUCUCUUUGAACUUGAAACUGAAACCUGUGCUAAAAUGCUUGCCUCAUUUAAAUGCUCCUUAAAACCAGAGCACAGAGAUUUUUGCUUUUUUACUAUCAAAUUUUUAAAGCACUCUGCUUUGAAAACACCCAGAGUUGAUAAUGAGUUUUUAAACAUGCUUUUAGACAAAGGUGCUGUGAAGACCAAAAAUUGCUUUUUUGAAGUCAUAAAGCCCUUUGACAAGUACAUAAUGAGGCUUCAAGACCGGCUUCUAAAGAGUGUCACACCUCUGCUCAUGGCCUGCAAUGCCUAUGAACUGAGUGUCAAAAUGAAGACCCUAAGUAACCCCCUGGACUUGGCUGUUGCCCUGGAGACCACCAAUUCUCUCUGCCGGAAGUCUUUGGCCCUUUUGGGACAGACAUUCUCCUUGGCUUCUUCUUUCCGGCAAGAGAAAAUAUUAGAAGCUGUCGGCCUCCAAGAUAUAGCUCCCUCUCCUGCCGCAUUUCCAAACUUUGAGGACUCCACUCUGUUUGGGAGAGAGUAUAUAGAUCACCUGAAGGCCUGGCUGGUCAGCAGUGGGUGUCCACUCCAAGUCAAGAAAGCUGAACCUGAGCCAACUCAAGAUGAGAAAACGGCUCUUCCUACCAAACCUGAAAUUCAGGCCAAGGCUCUGAGUGGUCUAAGUGAUGCCAUCCCCCAGCGAGCAGAUCACAAAGUGGUGGACACCAUCGACCAGCUGGUCACACGUGUCGUUGGAGGCAGCCUGUCUCCUAAAGAGAGAGCUCUUCUCAAGGAGGACCCUGCUUACUGGUUUUUGUCUGAUGACAGUAGUCUGGAAUAUAAAUAUUACAAGCUAAAACUGGCAGAAGCACAGCGGAUAAGCCAGACCACACCAGGAGUGGGUCAGAAGCCAAUGGCUGCAGAGUGUGCAGUCCGGGCCAUGCUGUAUGCGCGGGCGGUCCAGAGCCUCAAGAAGAGGCUCCUCCCAGGGCGGCGACGGGGGCUGCUCCGAGCUCCAGGGCUCCAGGGUUGGAAGGUGAGGAGAGCAACCACUGGGACCCAGACCCUCCUCUCCUCGGGCACCAGGCUGAAACACCACACCCGGCAAGCUCCAGGCUCCUUGCAGGGAAAGCCAACCCAGCCAGAUGGAAAUGAUGCCACCAAGGACUGCCCACCAGAUCCUGCCGGGCCAUCUCAGGACCUCAGCUUAGAAGCUGCAGGCCCAUCCUCCAAGCCAGCAGGAGUGGACAUAUCCGAAGCCCCUCAGAGUUCCUCUCCCUGCCUGUCUGCUGAUGUUGACUCGAAGACUAUGGAGACUGCAGAGAAACUGGCCAAAUUUGUUGCUCAGGUGGGACCAGAGAUUGAACAAUUCAGCAUAGAAAACAGCACCGACAACCCUGACCUGUGGUUUCUACAUGACCAAAAUAGCUCAGCUUUCAAAUUCUAUCGAAAGAAGGUAUUUGAACUGUGCCCGUCGAUUUGUUUUACGUCACCUCCGCUGAACCUCCACGCCAGUGAGAGCGCUCUAGAGCCCAUGGGAGGGGAAGGAGUGUUUGCAGAUGAGCCUCCUCAGCAGGAGGCGGAGCUGGAGAGCCUAGAGGCGAUGCCUGAGGAGGAGGAGGACGAGGACGAGGAGGAGGACGAGGACGAGGAGGCCCUUGCUCCUGGAGGGCCCUCCAGGGCUGCAGGAGGGGCUGCCAGGUCCGAGGACUCCGCGGGCAGCCCCCCCACCGAUGGCCUUCCAAGUGAGGCGGCCGAGGAUGGCCCAGCUGGCGCGCCUGCCCUGUCACAGGCCUGCUUUCCCCGGAAGAGGGUCAGCAGCAAAUCAUUGAAGGUCGGCAUGAUUCCAGCUCCCAAAAGGCUGUGUCUCAUCCAAGAGCCCAAAGUUCACGAACCAGUUCGCAUUGCCUAUGACAGGCCUCGGGGUCGACCUGUGUCCAAAAAGAAGAAACCCAAGGACUUUGACUUUGCCCAGCAAAAGCUGACUGAUAAGAACCUGGGGUUCCAGAUGCUGCAGAAGAUGGGCUGGAAAGAAGGCCACGGCCUGGGCUCCUGUGGGAAGGGCAUCAGGGAGCCCGUUGGCAUGGGUACGGCCUCCGAAGGGGAGGGGUUGGGAGCCGACGGGCAGGAGCACAAGGAAGACACGUUUGACGUCUUCCGUCAGAGGAUGAUGCAGAUGUACAGGCACAAAAGGGCCAACAAAUAGAAUUUAAACGGGAUGUAAUCUGUACUCUGGCACCACAGCCUGUCGGUGGGAGCACUGAAGUUCUGAACAAGUGGAGAUACUUGAUUCCAUGAAUGUGUUAUUUAUGGAGUCUCAUCUCUUAAAUGCAUCCCAAGAGAUUUAACAAAAUUUAGCAACAGUAUAACACAGCUGUAUUCAGUGGAGAGUAGUCACUACACUGAUGAAACUUUCCCCAACUUUAUAAUUCUCUUUAGAAUUCACAAAGAAAGCUACAGUUUUUUCUUUUUAAACCACAUAGGAAGUUUCCUACAAAGAGGCGGGGGUAAACUCUUCAAGACUGUUCAUUUUUUUGUAUGUGUGGCAGUGGAAAUAAUUGUUUUGUUAGGGCCCUUUUACAGAACAGGAAGGAUCCUCUUGGGGUGGGCUCCAUAGCUGUUUGCUAUUUCAAGGCGUAUGAUUGCCACCUCUUCCAGCUUCUCCCAGUGCUUUGCAACUACAUGUUAAAUUCUCAGGCUGUGGUAAUCUCAACCCUUCUUUCUAAAACAGCAGUGUUGAAGUUUUAAAUAUAUGCUAAAUUCUAGACAACUUGGUCGUACUGAUAGUACAGGCUUGAGGAACACAGCAGUAAGUUACCUUGUCAGCUGCUUGUACUGGCUGUCAAGAAAUCCUUUCUUUCUCAGAGCAUAGACCCCCCAGCUACAGUCCUGCUUCUUUGGUACUCUUAUCUGUUUGUCCUGCCAUUCACCAUGUCUUCUUACCUACCUGGGUCCAUCUCUCUUCGUGUCAGGUAUAGCCCCCAGAUAUCUGCCUACUUCUGAUCACUUCUAUUGCUUUGGCACCAGCAGAUCUUCAUAGCUGUGGCAAUGCUGGUGGUCCUUCAGCAGAGGUGAACCAGCCUGCAAGAGUGGUGUAGUUUGGGAGAACCACACCUGUGGAAGUUCAUCUUCUACUCUCUUUCCUAGUCCUUCCAUCAGCCUUCCAUGUUGGCUGUGGGUUGGGCCACAAGAUGGAACUCUGAGAACAGGGCCUUGGUCACCCAUGGUUUCUGUUGGUCACAAAGUACCUGUUGGCCUGAGUGAGACGUGCAUCCCCCAGCACAUUUUCUCACUCUUUCUCUUUGAGCAUAGUUCUGAAUGUCACAUUCGCUCUGUCCUAGUGUGUUCAUUCUUGGCUUUCUCUACUUUUAUUCACAAGUAAAAUGCUUUAGGAAUUCCCAGGAUGAGAAUCCUGUCCCCACAGCCUCAUGCCACUCCUCCUCCUGGGGACAUCCCAGUUUGAGCUGACAUUGUUUGUGAGCCUUUGGCAAAUAUUAAAGGAAACAUCUACGUCUUGAGCCUGCAAAGUCUUUUGAGCACUUAAGUGACAUUUCUCCUGUGGAGUCAACGUUGAGGCGUUGGAGGUACAGGGGUGGAGCAUGGUGGUAUGUCCUGUGCCAGCUGCUGGCCCUCUGGGCCACCUUGCUCUCUCAGCAGAGGCCGCUCUGCAGGGAACUUGUGAGUGUGUGUGCGGGUAUGUGGCCUUGUCAAAGUCACAGCGUCUUUUCUGUCAUUCUAGUUCCAGGGUCUCUCCCGUGAGGACAACAGGCAUCCGGAAAGUGCUAUCUCACCACUUUGGGUGCUUACUGUCUCUGGCUUGUUUCCAUCACUGGAAAUCAAAUAGAGAAUUUUAGUGUUUUUGGUCCUUGGUAAAACCUAGAAGACGUUUGUGAUGUUAUAAAAUGGAAGUUUUGUUUUUGUUUUUGUUUUGUUUUUUAAUCGAAGAAGUUGUGAAUGUUAAUCAUUUAGCAGUUGCAAUAAAUGUAGAGGAACUCAACCUUC